UUCUAUUUUCGAUUAUUUUAUUUUAAUGGCAAGGUGUAUGUCCUCUGUGCUUUUAUUAUCUUUUGCUUUUAAUUGAUUUAAUUGAGGUGCCAUCAUUAUGUAAAUAACUUGUAUUAGGGUGAUGUUUUUGCAUGCCAUUUUUUUUAAAAAGGGCAAUGGAAUUUGAAAGAGUUGGAUGAUGUCUUUGAAUAACAGCUAAACCAAAGUACACUUUUUUUCAUGUUGAUAUAUGUUUUUUUCUUCUUCUAUAUUAGGCUUGGCAUGUAAAGAAACAUAACAAGUGAAGUAAAGCAACUCACUCCCUUCACACAAGACAGAGUGAUACAUCCAAUAUUGUUCCAACAACAUGUCCAUAAAUCAAUUGGAAUCUCAACAUCAAAUUUUUGAGCCCUACAACAUAGUCACUCCUCUAGAGGACAUACCAACAAUCAUUCAUGAAUCAAUUGCAAAUGAAGCUUAUAUGAAUUUUCAAUCUCAACAACACCAUCAACAUCAAAUUGAUAUUCCUCUUUGGACCAAUGAAUUUUCCAUGACAACAACAAGAGACUCACCUUUUCUGUUUUGUCACGACUCUAAAUUGGUUUUUGAAUCUUUAAUGUCUAAUAGUGAAGGUGACGAUAGUUUUUCUUCUUCUGAAAAGUGUAGUGAAUUUCACUAUUGUUCUCAUAACAAGCAAAUUUGUGAGCACCUUUCACAACAACAUAAGAAGGUGUUGGAGUGUGAUGAUCCAACAGAUCAAAAGUCCCAUGAAGUUUCCUUUCAGAAAACUCAGAAGGAAUCAUGCACAAAGCAGUCUUCACCUUGUGACUUAGCUUUUGCAACACCUAGCAACUAUGAUUUUGAGAUAACAGAAAAGGGUAAAAGAAGAUUAAGAUGGACAAAAGAAUUGCAUGAGACAUUUAUUAUGAUUGUCAACCGCCUUGGUGGUCCAGAAAAUGCAAAGCCUAAGGCUAUAUUAGAGAUGAUGGGUUUGGAUGUGCUAACCAUUUCUCAUGUUAAAAGUCAUUUACAGAAAUAUCGUUCUACCUUCCACACGCACAAAUCCUUGAAUGGAAUAUCUGAGGAAGGACAAAAAUCAAAUGGGAUUAAUGAGCUUCAAAUCAAAAUUCAAAUGCAAAUAGAGGAAUCGCGACAACUCCAACUUGAGGUUGAGAAGAGCAAUCAACGGCAAUUAGAGAUGCAGCAAAAUUUACAACUCGUUAUUGAACAUCAGAAGAAGCAACUCAAAUUAAUGUUAGAUCAAAAAAUGCAAAAAACCAAACUGAAGAAAAUUUCUAAUUCAGAAUAGAGUUGACGUGUUAGUACUAGAAUUUCCUUUCAUUUGUUCUCUUUCUUUGUCCUUUUAAAGAAAAAGACACACUACUAGCCAUUUGUUUUCUUUUCAUGCUCAAUGGCAAAUGCAAUUUGGAAAUCAAUUUUUAAUUGGUUUGAUUGGCUUUUGGUGGAUUAAGGUAUAGUAAAGUGGUGGAUAAUUUCUUGACUUUCACCUCUUUGGUGAAACGAAAAAAAAAAUGAUUGGAUUACUAUACUAGGACUACUAUAAUGGUUCCUCAAUGUUAAUCAUCAAAACUAUCACUUAAAUUUGAAUUGUUUUAAUAAAUCGUGGAAAGUUAUUAGUAAAGAUUGGAUUGUUUUUAAAACUA